UUCCAUCUAGUACAGACUCGACCUUCCCAUCCCCUUUGUUCAUGCAGUUGUCUGAGUUCUCUCCGCUCAAAGUGAUACACAAACAGAAACCCAAACGAGGGAUAGAGUGAAGAGACAAGAAUCGAUGGAGUGAUGAAGUGAAGAGGAAUCCAUGGUGCCUGUGGACUCUGGUGAGCACUGAUUUCACAAUAGUAAUUCUACCCACGCGGAGGCUGCGGGGAGCUCGCGGGCUUCAUCAGUUAUCUGAGUUCUCUCCACUCAAAGUGAUACACAAACAGAGACCCAAACGAGGGAUCGAUGGCGCCUGCGGUGACCGCUGCACUAGGCGCGAUCGGUCCCUUGCUGGGGAAGCUCUCCGAGUUGCUUGCCAAUGAGUGCGGCCGCCUCAAAAGGGUCCGCCGUGAGAUUCGCUCCCUCCGGACAGAGUUUACCAGCAUGCAUGCUGCUCUACAGAAGUACGCCAAGCUAGAGGACCCUGAUGACCAGGUCAAGCAAUGGGUAUCGCUGGUGAGGGAGUUGGCCUAUGAUACUGAGGAUCUUUUCGACAAGUUCAUUCGCCACCUCGGCAAUGGUGAGAGUCAUGAUGGCGGCUUCAAGGAGUACUUCCGCAAGACUGCUCGGCGUCUAAAGACGCUUGGAGCUCGGCGUGGGAUUGCCAGCCAAAUCGAUGACCUGAAGCUUCGUAUCAACGAAGUGAAAGAGCUCAAGACCAGCUACAAGCUGGAUGAUGUUGCUUCUAGCACCCCGGUCCAUACAACCACCGUGGAUCCCCGGUUGGCUGCUCUUUUCGCCGAGGAGGCACACCUUGUUGGCAUUGAUGGUCCAAGAGACGAGCUUGACAAGUGGAUGUUGGAAGAAGAAAACAAGCAUCAUCGCAGGGUGUUGUCGAUUGUUGGGUUUGGUGGAUUGGGAAAGACAACGCUGGAGAAUGAAGUCUACCGCAAGAUUCAAGGGCAUUUUGAUUGUCAUGCUUUUGUGUCGGUCUCGCAAAAGCCAGAUACAAAGAAAAUCAUCAAGGAUUUAAUCUCACAGGUGUCGUGCAAUGCUGAAUUCACAAAAGAUAUGGAUACUUGGGAUGAAAAGAAAUCCAUUGCAAAGCUAAGAGAACUUUUAAAAGAGAAGAGGUAUCUUGUUAUCAUUGAUGAUAUAUGGUCUAUAGUGGCAUGGAAGGCUAUCAAUUGUGCAUUUCCAGAGAACAGCUGUUCUAGCAGAAUUGUAGCCACUACACGCAUAUUGGAAGUAGCUAGCUCUUGUUGUCCAGGUCCUGAUGACCAGAUCUAUCAAAUGAAACCUCUAUGUGAUCCUCACUCUGAAAGACUAUUUUUCAGAAGAAUCUUUGGCUCAGAGAAUUGCUGCCCUAAUAUGUUUAUUGAAGUUUCAAAAGCUAUCUUGAAAAAGUGUGGAGGCCUACCAUUGGCAAUUAUCAGUAUUUCUGGUCUACUAGCAAACAGACCACGUGUGAAAGAAGAGUGGGAGAAGGUAAAAAGAUCAAUUGGUUCUGACUUGAACAAAAGCCAAAGUCUAGAAGGAAUGAGGAACAUACUAUCCUUGAGCUAUAAUGAUCUUCCACCAAACCUCAAGACCGUCUUGUUGUACUUAAGUAAUUUUCCGGAAGAUUAUGUGAUUGACAGAGAAAGGUUGGUGAGGCAAUGGAUUGCGGAAGGCUUUAUUUCUGAAGAGCGUGGGAGGAGCUGUCAAGAGGUUGCAGAAAGUUAUUUUUACGAGCUUAUCAAUAAAAACCUGGUCCAACCAGUGGGCAUUGGUUAUGAUGGGAUGGUUCGUGCCUGUCGAGUUCAUGACAUGAUGCUUGAACUUAUCAUUUCAAAAUCCAUUGAAGAAAAUUUCAUCACUGUGGUGAACGGCAGUCAAACUGUUUGGGGAAAUUCUCAGUGUUCUAUUCGACGUUUAUCGAUCCAAGACAUUGACCAGGAGCUUGCAUAUGAAUUGGCAAGGAAAGAUCUAAGCCAUGUCCGGUCUCUUAUAAUAACAGCAUCAGGUUGCAUCAAACACUUGCCCAGUCUAACAAAGUUUGAAGCUUUACGUGUACUAGAUUUUGAAGAUUGCCUGGGCGUGGCACAGUAUGAUAUGGAUGGUAUGGAAAACCUUUUCCAGCUAAAGUACCUAAGCUUUAGGAGAACGGACAUACAGGAGCUACCAUCUGGAAUUGUUAUGCUGCAUGAUCUAGAGACUCUGGAUUUAAGGGAUACAGAAAUCAGAGACUGGCCGGCCAGAAUUGUUCAGCUCACGAAACUACGUCAUCUACUGAGCGACAUGAAUCGUCCGAAGAUACCAAUCGGGAUUGGGAAUAUGAUAAACUUAAGGGAGAUCUCAGGCUUUGAUAUUACCAUGAGUUCAGUAGGUGCAGUGAAGGAGCUAGGGAGCCUGAUCAAUUUGAAGGUACUCCAUGUACAGUUCACGGUGAAAGAUGAAGAAUCUCAAGAGUACAAGAUUCAUGCAGAGAUGUUUCAUUCCUCACUAGGCAAGCUUGGCAGCCACAAACUGCAGUCCAUGUGGAUAGAUGGUGGUAAUUCAUCUGUAUUCGAGUUAUUAGAUUCCUGGUCUCCUCUUCCAUCUUGCCUUCAAAGAUAUGUGAUGGGCAGCGUGUACUGUUUAUCAAAACCGCCAAAGUGGAUUACUCCAGCACUCACCAGUCUUGCAUAUCUACAAAUCAAUUUGAUUGUAAUAACAGAGGAGGUUCUUGGUAUACUUGGACAGCUGCCUGCAUUACUUUCUCUGAAACUUUAUACCGACACGGUCCAAAAAGACAGGCUUGUUUUGCAAGGCAGAGGAUUCCGAUGUUUGAAGGAGUUCCUUUAUGAUCAUUUUGGUGAAGGUGCCGGGACCUUUCUGUUUGAGGAAGGGGCACUGCCAAAGCUCGAGAAGCUUGAGCUGUGGUUCUCCGUAUCAGUGGCAAAGGCCUAUGGGUUCUACUUAGGUAUUGAGCACCUCCCGUAUCUGAAAGAUGUACGAGUUAUUCUUCAGAAGCGGGAUGCCACAUCUUCUGAAGUUGAGGCUGCAGACGUUGCCAUAAGGAAGGAAGCAAACCUCCAUCCCAACCAUCCCAGGUUAACUCUCCAUGAAAAAAAAUGAAAGAAUGACAGGAGGGAAACUGUUCUUCUUGAGUAUAACUGCGGGUGGCUUGUCUGGAAAUGGAAUCGUGUUCUGAAGUUAUUAUUCUCGUUGCCUGAAGCUCAAAUAAAAGUGGCCUGUAGUUGCUAUUUGAUUUAUAAUGUUCGGUUUUGCUUUACGUGUGAACUUAGAAUCAGAAUGUAGAGAGACGAUUUUCAGGACCAAUAUCAAAAUUUUCACCACUACUGUUAAUAAUUACACUGGGAAAGUCGCUGCCUGUGUCGACCUUUGUUCUGAUGUAAUACUUGACUAGCUAUGCCCGUGCGCGGCGGCACGCCGCGCCUCGUCGAUACGUUAUGUGUAUCAUAUUAUUUUCAUUUCUUGUG